AUUCAACCGGCCAUUUAUCAAACGAAGGCUGUACAUGAGCUGGUCGGGCAUUCCUCAUCUCCGCUUCUGACAUAUACAAAAGACUACACACCCACAAGUCAACCCCACCACCUUACUCGUCGCUCCUCGCUCUACGCCAUGUACCCUAUCACCAACCUACCUCAAAGCUUACAUGGGAGCUGCGGAACCUGGUUCAACUUGAAUUAUGAGUAUGAAGGCCCACAAAACGUGGUUCAGAUGACCACAACGCCUAACAGCACAAUUCAAGUCAACUUUACACUGCCCCACCAGGCUUCGCCUCCAUACAACAUAUCGAUGGUUUACGUAACACCGAACGCUAUCGUAUGCUCAUGGCCGUUCAACACGACAGGAUUGUCGAGCUCGAAUACCACUUCCAACAAUUACUUCAACUAUACAGUCGCACCUGUUGCCAUGCUUGGCUCAGGCUACAUUGGUGAAGCUGGGCAAUCUUUCUAUUUCACGAUCGUCGGUAACAUGACAUAUGGCCUCGAACCAUUCUACACGGUCAGUGCCAAUUAUACGAUCGUCAACGCGACCAGCGAUGGUGGCUCGCACAGUGGCGGAGCUGGCCUGAGAGCGUCUGAGACGCCUUUCACCCUCGCUACGUCUCUGCUGCUCGUGUGGUUCCUGGCAUUGUUCAAGAGCUUUUGAGGAAUUAAGGCAAUCUCGCUCUGUAAGAUCGAUCGGGCAUUGAUAAUACCUAUGGAAGGGUUCGGGCUUUUCGUUGUACGUUUCCCCUUUUCAGACAAUGCAAUUUCCUUGAGGUAAGAUGCUAGAUUAUACAAUGGAACAGGUCACCGGAUCGAUGGUGCAAUCUUCUCCUUCCUCGCGAUGAGUAUCCAUAAUAUCAGGUCUCCUAUCAUGAGCAG